AUGGCAGUGAUGCUGAACGCCACGUCGUUUCCCAAUAUGCCGGGAAACGACGACGACGAUGAUGACAGUUACGUUCCGUAUGACCAGCGACCGGAAACGUACAUCGUGCCAGUGGUGUUCUUAUUAAUCCUGGUGGUGGGUGUGACCGGAAACGGGAUUCUAGUGCUUACAUUGCUGCGUCACGCCAAUAUGAGAAACGUACCGAACACAUACGUUCUAUCGUUGGCUUUAGGGGAUCUUUUGGUGAUCGUGACGUGUGUGCCAUUCACGUCGAUUCUCUACACGAUCGAGUCGUGGCCGUGGGGCCUGGCAGUUUGCAAAUUAUCGGAGUGCGCCAAGGAUAUUUCGAUCGGCGUCUCAGUUUUCACUCUGACCGCGUUAUCGGCCGAGAGGUACUGCGCGAUCGUGAAUCCCAUACGCCGCCACGUAGCCGGAUUGAGCGCGAAACCAUUAACAAUACUAACAGCCUCCCUUAUUUGGCUGCUGGCGAUUGUUCUCGCGUUGCCAGCUGCUCUUUUCUCUCACGUGCCGACUGUACGGCUACAGGGUAACCACAGCAUACUGAUCUGCAGUCCUUUUCCCGACGAAUUCGGGGAGAGAUACCAGAGAGGGAUGGUGAUGUUCAAGUUUCUGGCUUACUACGCGAUUCCUCUAUGCGUGAUAGCCGGAUUCUAUCUGGGCAUGGCGCGACACCUCGAGCUAUCCACGAGAAACAUGCCCGGCGAACUGUCCACCGGGAGUCAUCGGAUGGAGCAAAUUAGAGCGCGGAAAAAGGUCGGAAAGAUGGUGAUCGCCUUCGUGAUUAUCUUCGUCAUCUGUUUCUUACCUUAUCACACGUUCAUGCUGUGGUUCCACUUCUGCCCGUCGUCGCAGGAGGAUUACGACGACUUCUGGCACGCCUUCAGGAUCCUCGGUUUCUGCCUGAGCUUCGUGAACAGCUGCGUGAACCCAAUAGCCCUGUACUUCGUCAGCGGGACGUUUCGCAAAAGAUUUAACGAGUACCUGUGCUGUCACCUGUCCACGAGAACUUUGAGCGUGUGUCGAACCGACACCGCUAGCAGUUUUGAAAGAAAUGGUAAUCGUACGACCCGAAGGAGCCGAUUGGGCGGCCAGACCAGCCAUUACGAGACGAGCUUCGGCUCGACCAUACGAAGACACACGCAGGAACUGAACUCGACCGCUCUUUACGAUCUCGCGAGCGACGACACUACCAGACCCACCUGA